GACGUCACGAGCACAUUGAGAGCUCGAGCUGAAUCGUAAGCGCGAGCUUCAGACGGAGGCGCGCGGAGGCGAAGGACGCACCUGGGAUGAGCUCCGGUCGGUGCUUCUCCGCCGCUUUCUGACGGAAAAUACGACGUUUUUAUUUUUAACCGGCGCUUCUUUUUCCUGCCACCGGCGACGUAAACAAACCGACGGACAUUUUGGGGAGAGUUUGGCUUCGCUUCGGGGCUCCAACAUGUCCUCCGCGGCGGUCGCUGCCUCCAGAAGGCAGUCGUGCUAUCUGUGCGACCUGCCCCGCAUGCCGUGGGCGAUGAUCUGGGAUUUUACCGAGCCCGUCUGCCGCGGAUGUGUCAACUACGAGGGCGCGGACCGGAUCGAGUUUGUUAUCGAGACCGCCCGGCAGCUCAAGAGAGCGCACGGCUUCCAGGACGGCCGCUCUCCGGGCCCGGGGAAGCCCCAGCACGCCGGGAAGGAGAUCAACCACUCGGCCGGGGACCCGGGCUCCCGUCCGCCGCAGCCUCUGGACCGCUACCCGCUGUCGGACCGGCCGCCCCGGCUGGGACCGGAGUACCAGGCAGCGGGGAGGCAGGCGAACGGCCUCCCGCUGCCGAACGGGUUUCCAAAACCGGAUGAGCCUCCGGAGCUGAACCGACAGAGCCCAAACCCCCGCAGGACUAGCACGGUGCCCCCCAGCCUGGUGCCUCUGGUGAACGGCGGCAUCCCCGCCAUCCACCCACUCAACGGCCGCCCGGCGCAGAUGGGUCUGCCCGGGGUGCUGGCCGCGCCGGGCCCCGGGGAGCACGGCAAGCGGCCGGAGGAGCUGAAAGACAAACACAGGCCGGACAGCCUGUCGGACAUGUCGGACAGCCACAAGGAGUGGAUCGGCAAAGGCAAAACGGUGCGGGACCUGAUGGCGCUGCACACCUUCGACAGCCGCUUCAAGAAGGACCACGCGGCCAUGCAGAGGGUGAUGGGAUACGACACGAGCGCCACUUCCUCAAAAACAGACAGGGGGAAGCACCCUCGCAGCAUGAAGAGGAAGACUUCCCCGGAGCCAGACGGCGAGGGCAGCGCCCCCAAGAUGAACGGCGGCGAGGGCCAGCCGUGGCUCCCCUCGCCAUCUGAGGUCCUGAAGAUGCCUCCGGCCGCCCUGCCGGGAUUCUCAGCCGCUCCCCCCUCCACCAUCUCCCCCCACUCCCGCAACACGCCCCCUGAGGCCGCCACUGCGCAGAACGGCCAGUCCCCGAUGGCGGCCCUCAUCCUCGCCACCGACAACGCGGGCAACACAGGCUCACCAAAGGACGGCAACCAGGUACACUCCACCACCGCGCGGCGGAAUAGUGGCAGCCCGCUGUCGCCGUCUUCGGCGUCUCAGCGGCGGCUGACGCAGAGGGAGGGCUCCGUGAGCUCCAACCCCUCUGCUCCACAUGUGCCUGGCGGCAUGGACCCCCACGCGGCGCCGCUGCAGAGCAUCCCGGACUCUUCGGUGCCGCCGGGCAGCGUGCCGCUGUGUUGCACUCUGUGCCACGAGCGGCUGGAGGACACUCACUUCGUCCAGUGCCCGUCGGUGCCCUCGCAUAAGUUCUGCUUCCCCUGCUCCCGGGAGAGCAUCAAGCAGCAGGGGGCCACCGGUGAGGUGUACUGCCCCAGCGGUGAGCGGUGCCCGCUGGUCGGCUCCAACGUGCCCUGGGCCUUCAUGCAAGGGGAAAUAGCCACCAUCUUGGCCGGGGACAUAAAGGUCAAAAAAGAAAGGGACCCUUAAAGUUGUUUUUCUUGAACUCGUUUCCUUUUGUAAUCCGAUUACGGCAACAGCAGCAGGACAAAACUCACAGAGACAAAUCCUCCGGCGGACAGAUUGACGGACAUGUACAUACUGGACACAAGGGACGUGUACACUUCGUAAACAUGGCUGUAAAUUUUUUUGAUUUUCCUUUUUUUCCAUACAUUGUGUUUCUAUUUUUUUGAAGAUAAAGGUAUGUACUCGUCAUCACGGGCUCUCCUCCCGUCACCUGUUUCUUCUCGAUCUGUUGGUGUACGUUCGGUCUGGAGACAGUCCUGUCGAACAUAGAAUGUGACUAAUCUGAGCACUUGGCAAAAAUAUAAUAAUAAAAAAAUGCUUUUAGCUGUACAUGUAUGCACUUGUUUAAGGAAAAAAAACUUGCCAAAUACAGUUUCAGACCUUGUAAUAACA